UCAAAGGUUCUCGUUUUCUCUAGUUAAAUUUUGCUCAAGUUUUCAAUCAAAUAUAAAAUUUACCCAAUGAAAUUGAUAUAUUAAUCAAAUUGUAAGAGUUAUUUUGCAAUAUUUGGUUAUUUAUAAUUUAGAUCUCUUUCAUAAAUUAUUUGUUAGGAUAUUUAUUUAAGAAAAAGUUAGAAGAUGGAAGAAGAACGAGGAAAUGUAGAAGUUUCAACAAAGAUCACAGAGCCGUUACUGAGUGUACCAAAUCCAAGAGCCCUACAGCAAACUGUUCCUUCUGUACCUGGCCAAUCAAAAUAUAUACAGCUACUUAAUGUCAUAGAAGAACUUGGUCACGAAGUUCGACCUACCUAUGCUGGCAGUCGUACUUCUGCUGAAAAAAUUAAACGUGGUAUCGUACAUGCACGUAUUUUAGUUAGAGAGUGUCUAGUCGAGACUGAGAAAAGUGCUCGUCAGUAAAAUACGUAUUUUAUAUAAUUUGAUACAUAUCGUUCAAUUUUAACUGACCAAGUAUUCCAAAAGUACUUAGAUAUAAAUAAUGAUAAAAGCACAAACUUAUAACAUACUAUUAUUAAAAAUGAAAUUGUCCGAACCAAUUGUGUGAAAUGCGAGAACCAGAGUGCCAAUUUACCUACCUCAGGUUUGAACCACAUGAUAAUGGUCAUUAAUUGGAAAUCUAGCAUAAUUCAAAAAAAGAUGUUUGCACAUCUUUGUAUUUUUAUAAACAUAUUUAAAAUGCAUGUCAUCGUAAUAUUUAUUUUAUAUUUUAAAAAGUUACUUAUUAGUUUCUACACUGCCAAAGAGUACAAUGAUAU